CCUAAUUUUAUUACUUUCACUUUCACUCAUAAUAGACGAUGGACGUGGUAGUUGUGGGUAGCUGCAAUAUAGAUCUUGUGAGCUAUGUUCCAAGACUGCCAGCAGCAGGGGAGACAAUACUUGGAAGCAAAUUUUCCCAGGGCUUUGGUGGUAAAGGUGCCAACCCUGCUGUGAUGUCUGCCAGACUUGGUGCUAAAACUGCUCUCAUUAGUAUGGUUGGAGAAGAUUCCUUUGGGAGAGAGUACAAGUUGGAUCUCAUCAAAAACAAUAUUGAUAUCAGCCAUGUUGGUACCACAUCCAAGGCAGCCACAGGAGUGGCUCCUAUCUUUGUCAAUGAAAGUGGUGAAAAUUCAAUAGUGGUUGUGAAAGGAGCCAAUGAUUAUGUAACAAUGGAAAACUUAAUGGCAGCUAAAGAUUUAAUACAAAAUUCUAAAAUCCUUUUGUGCAAUCUAGAAAUUGAUCCCAAAGUGACCUUAGAAGCUCUUAAAAUGGCACAAUCAUUUAAAAUAAGAAGUUUAUUCAAUAUGGCACCAGCAACAACAGGUCUGGAUGAGUACUUCCAGUACUGUGAUAUUCUUGUUGUCAACGAGUCGGAGGCAGAAAUAAUCACAGGACUGAAAGUACCUGGAGUCCAAGAGGCCAAAUCUGCAGCUGAGUCCAUUCUGAAGAAAGGUUGUCAAGUAGUUAUUGUGACUCUGGGAGAAAAUGGUGCUGUUGUGAUGAGCAAGGGGGACAAGGAGGCUGUCCACAUUCCUUCUCCUCAAGUCCAAGCAGUGGACACCACAGGAGCUGGAGAUGCAUUUUGUGGUUCUUUAGCAGUGUUCCUUGCCACCAAACCAGAGUUAGGACUUACAGAGUCAGUUUAUAGAGCUAAUAGGAUUGCAGGAAUUACUGUCCAGUCCCCAGGAACACAGACCAGUUACCCCCAGUGGAAGGACCUCCCCCCUGAACUGUUCGGGGGAGAGAAGUUACUGAAGGAUGUUUAAACAAUUAAAGAAUAUGAAAUUAUGCAUGUGCAUUAUUCAUAUAACUGCUAAUUAAAGAAACUGAGAAAUCAUUUUAUAGAGUUCAUAUUUUAGGAUGAUAUUUUGUUGAUAAUUUUUUAAUUUCUGUAAAUGAUAUUGAUUACAUGCAUCAGCAUUAUACAGCAUUUCCUGUGAUUUUGUGUUCAUUAGAAACUUGAUUUCCUAUAAUUUAGGUAGUCAGUUUUGAUUUUACUGCAAGACAUAGAUUUAUUCCUCCAAAAAAAUUGUAUUUACCGGUAUAUAUAUUUAUUCAUACAUAUGAUUUUAUAAAAAUAAAUCAAGAGCAAAUGUUAA